AUGGAGAUGCUACUGAGGGAGGCUAGUGAGACCCUCCCUGUGGGCAGGUCGGCCUUGGACUCUCGUAUAAAUACGCACCGCGCUUGGCUGACGUAUCACUUGGGUCUUCCUAGGCAGAUCUUUCACAUCACACCUCCAACAUGAAAUUUCUGGUAGCAUUGUGCGCAGUUUUGGCAGUGGCUUGUGGCAAGCCAGCAGCCGUCGGUUAUGCCUACUCGGCAGUGGCCGCCCCCGGCUACUACCCAUGGGCCCAUCCAGCAGCCUACAGCCCACUCGCCUACUCUGCCCCAGUCGCCGCCCCCGUGGUUGCCGCUCCCGCUGUCUACUCUGCCCCAGUUGCCGCCCCCGUUGUAGCUGCCCCAACCGUGUACUCUGCCCCAGUUGCCGCCCCCGUGGUUGCCGCUCCCGCUGUCUACUCUGCCCCAGUCGCCGCCCCCGUAGUUGCCGCCCCCGUGGUUGCCGCCCCCAUCAAGAGCCAGUACCACUCUCAGGAUGAGCUCGGACAGGCCAGCUAUGGACAUGCUGAGCCCGGUCAGACUCACAACGCCGUUCAGGACGCCGCUGGCAACAAGGUUGGAAGCUUCAGCUACGUGAACGCCGAUGGCAAGCUGGUGCGCACAGACUACGUGGCUGACGCCCUCGGCUACCGCGUCGCCUCCAACGACCUGCCAGCCGCCCCCGCAGUAGUGCCCGCCGCCCCCGAGGACACCCCCGAAGUAGCCGCCGCCAAGGCCGCCCAUCUCGCCGAGGUUGCCAAGGCCUCCAGCCGCAAGAGGCGUGCUGCCGUCUACCCCUACUCUGCUUACCCCUACGCUGCCUACCCCUACGCCGCUUACCCCUACUCGACUGUCUAUCCCCACGCCUACCCCACCACCCACACCGUGCCCGUAGUCACCGCCGACGGCUUCCUGGCUGACACCCCCGAGGUGGCACACGCCAAGGCUGCACACUUUGCUGAGCACGCCGCCGCCCAUGCUCGUGGCAAGAGGAGCGCCACCCCCGUCAUCACCCCUGCCGCAACCACCCCCUACAUUGCCCCCUACUCUGCUUACCCCUACUCUGCCUACCCCUACUCUGCCUACCCCUACUCUGCCUACCCCUACUCUGCCUACCCCUACUCUGCUUACCCCUACUCUGCUUACCCUUACUCUGCCUUCUACAAGAAGUGAACACCAAGGGAGAUCUCGCCGCCGCUCAGAACCAGGGCUCCCCUGGAAGACCCGGCUUGGUUUUACCGGCUCCAUUACCACAUCUCACAAGGUGUAUACACUACUAUGUAAAUAGGCCUUUAUAAGGUUUAUCUUAAAAAAUAAAACAGCUCUUGUUUAAA